UCGCCUAAUUUUCAUCUGUGAUUUUCAUCACAAUUUUUGUGAUAUUCUGAGAGAUUUCACGCACUUCUCAUUAAAAUAAAGUACAAAUCACUAACUUCUAUGUCUGGAAAUUGAUCAUAGCCGCAGGGAUGGAGACUCCAAAUGCGGGUACCAGCUCCCCCGGGCUGAUCGGCACGGCACCUAUGCUGCCACCGCCGAUACUGGGAGGGUUAGCGCCGCCUAUUCCAUCAACUGUGGCCAUGCCACCAGUACCGGGCUUGCCACCCAGCAUGCCCGGUAUACCACCACCCAUGGGUUUCCCUCCGAUGAUACCGGCGUUUUCCAUGCCUCCGCCGGGUUUCCCCUCGUUCAAAGCCGACUUGAAUGCGCCAGCACCUGAUGUAGCUCCAAUGGCCAAUCAGAGCAGCCCUUGGUCUGAACACAAAGCUCCUGAUGGCCGAAUAUACUACUACAACUCUGUCACUAAGCAAAGCCUCUGGGAGAAACCUGAUGAAUUGAAAACUGCAGCAGAGAAACUGCUAUCGGCUUGUGUGUGGAAGGAGUACACAACAGAUGCAGGCAGAGUGUACUACCACAACAUUGAAACCAAGGAGUCUAGCUGGGUGAUCCCACAGGAAAUGCAGGAGAUCAAGGACAAAAUUGCUGCAGAGGAAGCUGCCCAAGCAGCAUUGAGCGCUGAUGUAACCCCUGGUGAAGUACCGCUCCCUGGAGGGUCGCCCUCGAUGGCGCCUACGAGCAGCUCUGCGCUUGACGAAGCCAUGGCCAAAACACUGGCCUCCAUUGACCCCAAUUUGACUAACAAUAUACCUAUCCCUGAAGAAAUAAAACCUGAAGAAAUAGUAGCACCGCCACAGACCGUGGCUGCAGAGACCCCAGAACAGGCUCCAGAGAUGCAGUACAAAGACAAAAAGGAGGCCAUUGAGGCAUUCAAGGAACUUCUCAAAGAUCGGAAUGUGCCUUCAAAUGCCACUUGGGAACAAUGUGUUAAAAUAAUAUCCAAGGAUCCGCGCUACGUGACCUUUAAAAAGUUGAAUGAAAAAAAACAAGCAUUUAAUGCUUACAAGACACAAAAACUUAAGGACGAAAGAGAAGAACAGAGAUUGAAGACCAAAAAGAACCGUGAAAAUCUUGAAGAGUUUCUGCUAGGCUGUGAUCGUGUGACAUCACUAACAAAAUAUUACAAAUGUGAAGAAAUGUUUAACAAUCUUGAGAUAUGGCGCUGUGUACCCGAGUCGGAUCGCCGCGAUAUAUUCGAAGAUUGCAUAUUUACAAUUGCUAAACGCGAAAAAGAAGAAGCAAAGACUUUGAAAAAACGCAACAUGAAAAUGUUAGCACAGGUUUUAGAGAAUAUGAGUGAAAUUACGUAUAGCAGCACAUGGAGUGAGGCACAAGUUUUGCUGUUAGAAAAUUCCGCUUUUAAAAACGACGUCAGCCUACUCGGUAUGGACAAGGAAGAUGCACUUAUUGUGUUUGAGCAACAUAUUAGAAAUUUAGAGGCCGAAUAUUUACAAGAGAGAGAACAAGUUAAAAAAAGAAAUAAACGUCAACAGAGGAAGAAUAGAGACAAUUUCUUGGCCUUGCUAGACAGUCUGCAUGAGGAGGGCAAGCUAACUUCGAUGUCGCUGUGGGUCGAGUUAUAUCCUGUCAUUUCUGCUGACAUGCGUUUCUCAGCUAUGCUCGGCCAAAACGGUUCAACUCCAUUGGAUUUAUUCAAGUUCUACGUAGAGAACUUAAAGGCGCGGUUCCACGACGAAAAGAAAGUGAUAAAAGAAAUAUUGAAGGAGAAAGGAUUUGAAGUGAAGCCUGAUACCACUUUCGAGGAGUUUGCGACAGUGGUCUGUGAGGACAGUAAGUCCGCAUCACUGGACGCUGGAAAUGUCAAGCUUACUUAUAACUCCUUACUUGAAAAGGCCGAAGCGAGGAACAAAGAGAAAAUGAAAGAGGAAUCCAAAGCGCAGAAGAAAAUCGAAAGUGCGUUCAAGUGGGCGCUGACGGAGGCAAACAUCGACCACACGUUGUCGUGGGACGAGGUCAAGGAGAAGCUCGACCUAUCUGCGUCGGAGUACGCCGCCGUGCCCGAUGAUGAAGACCGCAUUCGGAUAUACAGGGACUUCCAACAUGAGCAAGAAGAGAGUUGCUUGCAUUACCACCACCCGAAACCGAAAAAGGCAAAGCGAUCCAAGAAAAAGAAGCGGUCGCAUUCCGCUUCUUUGUCAAAAUCCCGUUCGCGGUCCCCGACGCCGGCGGCUACGGCGCGCUCACCGUCGCCCGCGCCCAGUCACGGCACCUGGAGCUCUGAGGAGGGACGCAAACACAAGAAGAUCAAGAAGAAGCACCGGAAACAUUCCCCGGCGCCGAAAUCGCCGAGCCCCGAGGAGGGCGGCAUAACGGACGACGAGCCGACGACGCGACACAAGAGCAAAAAGUCGAAGCGCAGCGCGCCCGGCAGCCCUGAAGGUGACCACGAGCACGCGCACAAGAAGAAGAAAAAGGAUAAGAAAGAGAAAAAGGACAAGGAGAGGUCGGGGUCGAGCGCUUGGAGCGACGCGGAGCUGGAGUCGCGGCGCGCGGCGCUGCUGGCGCAGCUGCACGAGCACGACGACUGACGUCGCGUCACGCACGUGCACAUCUUCAACCGGUACCCGCGCAGAACCCCCACCACGACCCCCGCGCCUUCCGACGGUUCCCCGUUCGAGUGACACAGCGCCUCCCCCACGCCCCCUCAGAUACUCAUUUUCAAC